AUGACACCAAUUGCGCUUGAUAUGGCCUCUGAUCGAACACCGGCGAUUUCAAUCGACCCAAUUGCACUCAUUACGCAGGAAUGCAUAACGAUCACGUCUGCCAUGCGGAAGCAUGCCCGCUGGGCGCAGUCUUCGGUGUCAGCCAUUCUGGGGGGAGGGGCCACAAGAUUGCAAGAGAAGGACUUUCUACGCUCGUCCUCGCAAAGUCGCCGGAGCAGCAAAGGGCCUGUGAUACUAGAUCCUGGCAUGGCCAGGCUGAACGUGCCCAACACGUCGGACGAUGAAAACUCCAGCUUGGCCAGUCGAUGGGGUCUGCGCGGCCGGAAGGGCAAGAGUCUGCAGGAUAACCCCUUGCUGACCGCGUUUGCACGUCUGAGAAGAGAUCUGGCUGGCUGUCGAGAUGUGACAGCCGUGGAUGCUCCCGAAUUACUGCACCCUUUUCUACAGGUCAUACGCAGUUCUUCGACGAGCGCCGCGAUUACUAGUCUGGCGGUGAUUUCGAUCACAAAGUUCUUCGCAUACAACAUUAUCACGGUCAGAUCACCACGAAUCUCGCAGGGGAUGCACCUUCUCAGUGCGGCAAUCACCCACUGCCGAUUCGAAGCGAGUGACACUGCGGCAGAUGAGGUCGUCCUGCUGCGUAUCCUGAGGCUCAUGGAGUUGAUCAUAUCCAGACCGGAAGGCCAGCUGCUCGGUGACGAGAGUAUCUGCGAGAUGAUGAGUACCGGCUUAAGCAUGUGCUGUCAGUCAAGGCUUUCGGAGGUCCUCAGGAGGUCUGCCGAGAUGGCCAUGGUCACCAUGUGUCAAGUGGUGUUUAGCAGAUUGAAGUCGUUAAAGGUGGAAGAGAUACCAAAGUCAAGGAGUCGGUCGAAUACAAGAACAACUCUGCUUAGUGCUACCGAAGAACUAAAGAUUGAACCCCCCAUGACAGGAAGCGUCAUGGGAAAUGGCGAGCCAGAACGACCAAGCGUUGACGUUAACGGACGAACCAGUGUGGAAGGCGGCACUGGAUCCAAGGUUUCCACGGAACCGCAGAAUACGGCCGCGCCAGCAAAGGAAGAUGAGUUUGACAACGUGGAGCCAUACGCCCUACCAUCAAUCAAAGAGCUCUUUCGCGUCCUCAUUGAUCUCCUUGAUCCUCACGACAAAACACACACAGAUGCAAUGCGAAUCAUGGCUCUCAGAAUCAUUGACGUCGCCCUUGAGGUUUCGGGGCCUUCAAUAGCGAAACAGCCUGUUUUGGCCGCACUGGUCCAGGAUGAUCUUUGCCGUCAUUUAUUCCAACUCGUUCGAUCGGAUAAUAUGGUCCUUCUGAACAGCUCUUUACGUGUCGCCGGGACAUUACUGGCCACAUGUCGACGGCUGCUUAAGCUGCAGCAAGAGCUGUUCCUUUCAUACUUGGUGGCUUGUCUGCAUCCCCGUGUAGAUAUCCCCCAGGAACCGGGAAUUGAUCCGUCGUUGUAUGAGGGGGUACCUCAAUCUCCCAAACUGGUGAAACCAGCACCGUCGCAGCCGAGCAGCGGUCGGUCAACCCCGGUGCCAAUCAAGGACAGGCAGAAGCUGGGACUAGAAGGCGGUACUCGAAGGCCGGAGGCCAGAGAAGCGAUGGUCGAAAGCAUUGGCACCUUGGUCCGCAUCCCUGGAUUCAUGGUGGAACUUUUUCUCAACUAUGACUGCGAAGUCGACCGGCAGGACCUCUGCGAAGAUAUGGUGGGACUUUUGUCGCGGAAUGCCUUCCCGGAUUCUGCCACUUGGAGCACAACCAAUGUGCCUCCACUAUGUCUGGAUUCGUUGCUGAGCUUCAUCCAAUUCAUGGCCGAGAGGCUUGUCCACGACACGCCAGCAUGGGCACGGGAGCGGAUAGACAAGCUGCGUCUGCAACGAGCGAGGAAAAAGAUCAUCAAAAGUGGUGCAUCCAAGUUCAACGACGAUCCCAAAGCAGGAGUGGCAUAUCUGGUGAGGAACGGCAUCAUAGAGAAUCCAGAUGAUCCCGUCCAGGUGGCUCAGUUUCUGAAAGGCACCUCUCACGUCUCUAAAAAAGUGCUGGGAGAGUUUAUAACCAAGAAAUCCAAUGAACCGCUGCUGGUAGCAUUCAUCGGACUGUUUGAUUUUGAGGACAAACGCAUUGAUGAGGCUCUUCGGGAAGUAUUGGGAUCUUUCCGCCUUCCUGGGGAAGCGGCACUGAUUGAACGAAUCGUCAACAAUUUUACCGAAAAGUACUGCAGAACCGUCUCACCCGAGGAGAUCGCAGACAAGGAUGCCGCCUUCGUCCUGGCCUAUGCGAUUAUCAUGCUGAACACCGAUCUUUACAAUCCCAACGUUGCGAAGACACAGAAGCGGAUGUCGUAUGAGGAUUUUGCGAGAAACCUGCGUGGUGUCAACGCAGGAAAGGACUUUUCGCCGGAACUGCUGCAGGACAUCUACGAAGCCAUCAAGGAGAACGAGAUCAUUCUUCCCGACGAGCACGAGAACAAACAUGCCUUUGAAUAUGCCUGGAAGGAGCUCUUACUGAAGACACACAACGCCGGAUCUCUGGAGCUCUGCGAUACCAAUGCCUUCGACGCAGAAAUGUUCAAGGCAACUUGGAAACCGAUCGUGGCAACUCUGUGCUAUGUCUUCAUGUCAGCCUCUGAUGAUGCCGUUUUCUCUCGAGUCGUGGUUGGUUUCGAUCAAUGCGCCCAGAUCGCGGCCAAAUACGGAGUCACUGAGGCCUUUGACCGCAUUGUCUACAGCGUCAGUCACAUCAGCGGAUUAGCGGCAGAAAUUCCUCCGAGCACUUCGUUGAAUACGGAAGUUCAGGUUGGAAAGAAGAGAAUCAUGGUCAGUGAAAUGGCCGUCAGGCUUGGAAGAGACUUUCGAGCCCAGUUAGCGACCGUAUUGCUUUUCAGGAUACUACAGGGUCAUGAAGAAGCGGUGGGCGACACUUGGAUUUACGUCGUGCGUAUUCUAAGAAACUUGUUUGUCAACUCGCUCAUCACGUUGCCCAAGUUUGAGCAAGAUGGGUUUGAAGACCUUGGUCCGAUUCCUCUGCAACCACCGUCACAAGUCAUCGACCGAGAUGGCCGACUGAGCGAUAGCGGCAUCUUCUCGACGUUUACGUCGUACCUCUCAAGCUAUGCCGCUGACGACCCACCGGAGCCUUCGGAGGAAGAGCUCGAGAAUACCCUUUCAUGUGUUGACUGUGUGAAGGCCUGCCGGCCAGACACUGUCCUGCAGCAUAUGGCAUCACUUCCUGCUUCGCAAAUCAAAUCCAUCGUGUCGGCUCUGCUGUCGCAGAUGGAAGAAAUGUCACCAGUCGUGACCGUCAAACCUGAACGGCCUAUGCCUGUCACCGUCAGGGUCAAUGGCCACCGCAUUCCCAAAGCCGGGCCCGAGUACGAUCCUGGCUCGGUGUUUCUCCUCGAGCUUGCCACGCUGCUUACCCUGAGAGACGACAAAACCAUCGCUGCAGCCGGAGAGCAACUCACAGGCGCCCUACAGAAUGCGGUCAGAGAUGCCUCGAAUCUGCAUCCUCUGGCUGCGUCGAGGGUUGUGCUUUACCUUCUUGAGUUAUUGCGGUAUAGCUACACCUACGACUUUAUGCGUGCUCCUGUCGUUCUCCACGCCAUAUCAAGCUUCGAUGACACUGUGCUUGACCGAACAGCGUCUACCAUAAUCCAGGGCUUCGCCAACGCCAUUGGUACUUCGUCGGCCUUGCGCAACGAGAUUACAAAAUCUCCGGACUUUUGGUCGACGUUGCAGCGCCUCCAUCAACACAAAACAGAGGCAGAGCGCGUAUUUGACAUCCUAGCACGCCUUUCCACCCCUUCCCCAACAAAGUCACAAGAUCAGCAAGCUUUGACGGCAGAUAACUUCGAAUCCGCCAUCUCCCUCGCAAACGACAUUGCAUCCGCUGGCUCAAUCGGAUCCAUUCAAGAAAAACGCCGUGACUUUGCCGCGAAACAUGGCCGGCAAGCCAAGCCUGCGAAACCCGAAGACAUUGUGGUUGUUCAGCGGGCCACCAAGGCCGUGGGGCUGAUCUAUCAGUUGUCCGAUCGUGUCCCGGGUCUCAUUGAUCAAAGCCAUCUGGAGAGGAAUGAAGCUUGGGCUGCAUAUUGGAGUCCGAUCUUCCGAGCCCUAUGUGCGCAGUGUGUCAACCCCUGUCGUGAAGUCAGACAUCGUGCGUUGUCAGCCCUGCAACGCACGUUGCUCUCCGAGACUGUAGCAGACGAAAAAGGUACGGAGCAGGACCAACACACAGAAUGGACGGCAAUUUUCGACGAGGUAUUGUUCCCACUUACGCUUAGGUUGCUGAAGCCCGAGAUAUAUCAGUUGGACCCGCCUGGGAUGAAUGAGACCCGAGCACAUAUGGGUGGCUUAUUGUGCAAGGUUUUCCUGAGAUAUCUCGACAGGCUCAACGAUAUCCCACUUGUUCCUCAGAGCGAAGAGGGGGAGAGCGACGAUGAAAAGGAACCUGAAGGAGAUGUCGACGAAGGACAGCAGAAGGCGAGCACGGCAAAGGGCCAGGGCAAUGGGAACAAAAUGACCGAUGUCUGGAUCAAAAUUCUUGAGCUUCUCGACCGCCUCAUGAAUGCCGGCACCGUGGUUGAGCACCAAGGUGACGCGCUCGCGGAGGCGGUUCGCGAAGGUGUGAAGAACACGCUUCUCGUCAUGGAUGGGGCGGGCUAUCUCGGUCGCCAGGAACAGGCUGCGCUGGCCAGCCAAACUCCUCGCAGCCCACGCUCUCUGGAUGAGAAGGGCGAGAUCCAAAUCUGGCCCGAGACGGUGAGGCGCCUGGAUAGAUUCCUCCCGGGCCUGGUGCAGGAACUGUUUCCCCCCGAGCACGAUCCGGAAGACGGUGCCCACGCCGCUGCUACUGCUGACUCCGGCGGCGGUGGUGGUGGUGGCGACGAAAAUCGCAAACCCGCCCUGACGGUACAACCGGGCAACACCGCCGGGUCACGGCCGCAGACGCGAGACGGCCAAAAGGAGACCAAAAAAGUAGCGAGGGAGGGAGAGAAGUGA